UUAAAUAUUACGUGAAAAUGUGUGAAUCAAUAGUGAAUGCAAAACGAGUGGUAGGGCUGGGAAUCUACGAAAUGGGCACUAAUAGCUUAAAUAUGAGGCGUAAGUGUAAGAGUGAGCGCCGACUGGACGGUAAGGUUGUGGUCAUUACCGGCGCCAACACUGGGAUCGGCAAAGAGACUGCACUUCAGCUAUCGUUACGCGGGGCUAAGAUAUACAUCGGGUGUCGGAGUCUAGAAAAGGCUGAGUCGGCCAUCGAUGACAUGAAAGGAGUGAAUCCGAGUGCAGACAUCACUGCACUUAAGCUCGACUUGUCUUCAUUCAAAUCCGUUCGU